AUGACAUUGCAUCCAAGAAAGUUACUUGUAUUGGAUAUUGAUGGCACGUUGGUCUUCGCGGAAGACAAAUCACAAGUCACACAUAUGGAAAUCGAGCAAAAUCAUCAUUUCGAAUUAGAAGAAGGAUCGAUUUUAGUGUGGAAACGGCCGGAUAUUGAUGAAUUUCUCGAAUGGUGUCUAGAGCAGUAUGAUGUUGGUGUAUGGUCAGCAUCAGGUUCUGAGUAUGUUCAUGCUGUCGUAGAUCACAUUUUCCCAGAACACUUACGAUCAAAAUUAAAGUUUAUUUGGACAUCAUCAAGAUGCACAAGAAGAUAUCACCAACGAUCAUUGGAUGUGUAUGGAGUACCGUUCACAAUAAAAAAAUUACGAAAACUAUGGAGAAGGAAAACAAACAGUUAUAACCGACGCAAUACGUUGAUACUCGAUGAUUCUCCUUCAACGUACCGAGAAAAUUAUGGGAAUGCAAUUCCUAUCGCUUCCUAUGCUGCAAGUUCGAAAGAUCGUGAGUUGCAACGAAUUAAAAGUCUUUUAGAAACAUUAAUCUUGUCAAAUGAUGUCCGAACAAUACAUAAAUUACCCGAAUAA